UAUCGAUCUUACUCUCCUUCACUACCUUUUCUUACAGAACCGAACCUUUUCUUCAGGUCGAAAUAUUCCAAAUAUGCAAUUAAAUAAUUAACAAUCAAUUAAUUACUCAAUUAACCCAACCAAAUUUGAUUAGCGUUGAAGAGUGUGUGUGAAUUUGAACUCUUCAACCCGUUGCAACAAACAACACCACAAACUCAAUUCGAAAACCCUACUCAUCCCAAAUUCAAUGUCACCGGCGCCGAUGCACUUCCCUUCUCCGAUCAACUCCGAUGACACAACUCCACAUUCUCCUCUCCCCUUCGCUCCUUUCAACGCCGACGCCGUCAACCCUCCGGCCGCUGCAACCGCACGUGUAAGGUCGAAGCCGAGACUUGUCAAACUGAGGAAGCAAUCGGCGUCACAAACCGCAAGGUCUAGGACCAGAACCGCCGCCACCGCAGUUGAAAAUGAAGGUUCUGGUUCCGGUUUCAAUCCUUUUCGCUCCGAUCAGGUAAGUGAGGGUUUUGUGUUUAGUGCUAGAAAAGUUGAUUCUGAUUCUGUUAGGGAUUUGAAUUCGGAACAGAAAGAAAGUGCCGGUGUAGAAUUUGUGUUUAGUGCUAAAACGAAUUCGGUUUCUGGUGAUGAAAGUAAGAAAUUAAAUUCGGAAGAGGAGAAAGGGAAAGUUAAUUUUACAGAGUUUGUUUUCGGCGCUGUGAGAAAUGAUUUGCAUUCUAGUUUUAAUGUAGAAAAAGAAAAAUCUAGUGUACCUAUGUGGAAUUCAGGGUUUGCUGAUUAUGGGGAGAGGGAAUGUGUAAAUGAAUUUGUGUUUGGAAAGCAAGAAUCUGUUGAUAGGAUGAGAAAUUCGGGUAAUGGACCUGGUGUUUUUCAUGCUGAGACAGAAACAAAUGGUGAUUUUGAUAAAGGUGGUGAUAAGUGUGGUGAUUUAGGCGAUGAUGUUAAGUCGAAGAGUGGAAAUGGAAGUGCUAAUGGUUUUUCUACUAUUUUUACUGACUUUUCUGAUAGUAAAUUAGUAGAUGAGAUAAAUAAACUGAACAUCAAUGAUCACGAGGGUGUUCGUAUUGCUAGAGAUUCUACGAGUUCACAUGUAAGUAGUAGCAACGUUUUUGUGUUUGGAGGAAGUCACAAGGUUUCUAGUGUUAGUUCGGGAACUAAUACUGGCGGUGAACAGUUGUAUACCAAUGAUGAUUCUGACAGUGACAAAGCUUCCGGAACACAUGGUGUCCAAAAUGGAACUGCUCAAGGUAUUGAUCAGGAUGCUACAGGAAUACCUUGUUCUAAGACAACCACCAGUCAGGAUGGGAUCAGAGAUUUUCACGUGUCUGAAGAUGCUCAAGUGAAUGGAGUUGAAGAGUCUUGUACGGGCUUUAAGCCUCCGGCAUGGGAUCCUUCUUAUUUUAAAGACAACUUAUUUUGUAAGUUGAAUAAAAAAUUUGAACCCACACAUAAGAGUAAAUCUUCCAAAGAAAAAGGAUCAAAAUAUAUGAGACGAAAAUUGAAGUCACAUUCAUUGAAUAAGAAACAGACAAGGCUAGAUCAUUUGCCAAAAGAAAACAGUUCGCUUGAAACCCCUGAAUCUUCUGGUGGCUUUUCUCCGAUGGAUUUGUCUCCCUAUCAGGAAACAACAGCAGAUGAUGAAGAUCUAAAGGCUUCAGAAGAAUCAAAUGUUCUGCACCCAACAAUUGCUACCGAUUGUAAAGACAGUCAGAGAGGUGGAGAUCUUGAUAAUGGCAAGUCCUGUUAUGGAAGUUCUUCUGUAGGUGAUGUUCAUUUCUCUGGCCCUGAUACAGUCUUGCCUAAGAUGCAGACUGAAGUGUUUGGUAGCAGCUUUUCUGGCAUUUCAGCAGAUGUUGGGGUUGACCUCACCUCAAACUCUGAAGAGAAAAAAGCUGAUGUAUUUUUUGUUGCUGGUCUGGGUGAUUCGAAGGAGAAAGAUUUUGCAUUUUCUGCAGGAUCCUCUGUCGAGGUUACGUCAUUAUAUAAGCGUAAACAGAAGAAGAAAUUUAGGAGGAAAAUAGGGUCCGACUCAUUUGUUAUCUCUCCAAAUGUGAAUGGAAAGCCUGUAUCUUCCGUACAAUUUUCACCACUUACCACUGCCAACAUGUCAUCACAUUCUGAUGUGAGGGACAAGUCUCAGAUAAAUGAUCUUUUCGAGGAAGGGGGCGAUGCGUCAUCUGCUACAAUUGAAGCAGCCUGUCACCAAUGGAGACUCAGGGGGAACCGUGCUCAUAAAGCUAAGGAAUUUUCUAAAGCUGAGGAACUCUACACACAAGGAAUAAAUUCUGUCCCUUCUAGUGAAAGAUUAGGAUGCGGCAUUAAGCCUUUUUUACUGUGCUAUAGCAACCGUGCAGCAACACGUAUGAGUCUUGGAAGGAUUAGAGAAGCUCUAGAGGAUUGCACAAUGGCUUCUUCUUUGGACCCCACCUUUCUGAAAGUACAGAUGAGAACUGCUAACUGUCACCUUUUGCUAGGGGAUGUAGAAAAUGCUCAGAGAUGUUAUAACAAGUGCUUGGAGUCCGGUAAAGUUGUUUGUUUGGAUCGGAGAGUAACAGUAGAAGCAGCUGAAGGUUUACAGAAAGCUCAGGAAGUGGUUAAGUGCAUGAAUGCUGCUGCUGAGCUUUUGAAAGAGAGGACUUUGGAUGCAGCUGGUUCUGCUUUAGAACUACUUACAAAGGCAUUGUCAAAGAGUUUAUACUCAGAAAGAUUGCUCCAAAUGAAGGCGGAGGCUCUGUAUUUGCUGCAAAAGUAUGAUGCAGCAGUUCAGCUUUGUGAACAGAGUCUGAAUCUUGCAGAAAAGAACUUUCGCAUGGCAAACAGUGCAGACAAUUCUAAUAAUCCCAUCCAUGAUAGUUACUCAAGUGUAAAAUUGUGGAGAUGGUCAUUGAUAUCUAAGUGUUACUUUCGUUUGGGAAGGCUGGAUGCAUCACUUAAUGUUAUUGAAAAAUUACAGCAAACAGCAUCUGUCAAUGACAAGUGUGUGAUUGACAUUAAAGACUUGUUGUCAUUAGCUGCUACAAUACAAGAACUUUUGAACCACAGGCAUGCAGGAAAUGAGAACUUUAAAUUGGGAAAUUAUUCAGAAGCAGUGGAGAACUACACUGCUGCUUUAUCUAGUAAUAUCAAAUCACGACCUUUUGCAGCAAUUUGUUUUGGCAACCGUGCUGCUGCUCAUCAAGCUUCAGGCCAAAUUGCUGAUGCCAUUGCGGAUUGCAGCAUGGCUAUGGCCCUUGAUGAAAAUUAUGCAAAGGCAAUUUCUAGAAGAGCCACCUUGCAUGAGAUGGUUAGAGAUUAUGAACAAGCAGCUUGUGACCUCAGGAGACUUAUUUCUGUUCUUGGAUCUCAAUCCAAUGAAAAGGCCAAACAUUCUGAAUCACCAAAUGGAUCAAGUGGUGGGAAAGAAUCAAGGCAAGCUAAACAGCGUCUGCUUACCGUGGAAGAUCAAGCCAAAAUGGAGACCUCCCUGGACUUUUAUCUCAUUUUAGGAAUUAAGCCAUCGGAUACAGCAGCUGAUAUCAAGAAGGCAUAUCACAAGGCAGCUCUCAGACAUCAUCCAGAUAAGGCUGGUCAGUUGUUGGCAAGAAGUGAAGUUGGGGAUGAAGGCAGUGUCUGGAAGGAAAUUUCCCAGGAGGUGCACAAGGAUGCUGAUAGGCUUUUCAAAAUGAUUGGAGAGGCAUAUGCUGUGCUUUCAGACCCUGCCAAGCGCUCGGAGUAUGAUUUGGAAGAGGACAUAAGGAAACUUUACAAACAAAGGAACGGAGGUGGCGCAUGCAGGAGAUCUUCAGACGUUUAUGGGAAUGGAAGAUCACCCGAUGGUUAUAGAAAUUCCUAUGACAGAACUUCUAACAGACGAUAUGGACAUUAUUAUAAAACAUAUGGAGAUUCAUAUUCUCGAUGGUAAGAGGUAACCUCGACAAAGGGCAUCAACGUUCCUUUGCCUAGUCCAGAUGAAAAUGACUUUCCUUCCCAUUCUUGAUGGACCCAAGUUUCAUGAUGGUGUGAAAAGGAGGCUCAAAACUGCUUUUGCAGGUAACAUUGACUCAUAUACUUGGUCUGGUUGAAAGUGACUUUGGUCAUGACUGAACUUUACUUUAUCUUUUAGUCUGACUCAGCGCUCGGGCCCUUGCUGCUUUAUUCUUUUGGUCCGACUCCGGCCAUUGAAAAAAUUAAGAUUGCACAUAGAUAUUGAAGCAUGAUAUAACAUAAGAUCAAGAAGGCAGGAAAAGAGGCAAGAACAGGCCCCGCCAUCAAUCGGAUAUGUGCUUCACUAACUUGACUAAGAGCAAGGCAUUGAUACUCAAUACCUACCUGCUUAUUGUUGGAAGGGAAGGGGGUUAUUUACGCAGAAGUUCUGGCAAAAACAUAGUUGUGUCCACAUAAUUUCUCAAAUGUAAUAGAUGAUGUCGAAGUUAUGUACCUGGAUUGAGAAUCUUAAUAGGAAGCAAUGUAUUGCAGUGGGAAGCAAUUUAACCUCAAUGCUUAUUUACACCUCAUUUUUUGUCAUGA